UUAAUAGACGAUCUCCACUCUUUGAUUCAUCGUGCCCUUCCUGCUCAGCAGUAACAACAGUGAUGGCGGCAGCAGCACGGUUCCUCGUCCGCUCCAAACUCUCUCUCUCCGGCGCUGGCACCGGGUCUCAGACCUCGUUUGGAGCCACAUUGCUGAAGUUGUCUCCAAACUGCAGCUCCAGAACUAAAACACAACGGAGAAAUGCAGCCCACUUCACCUACCACCCUGACCCCGUCCCGACACAACACGGUCCUACCCAGAAGAUGAACUUGUUCCAGUCAGUGACAAGUGCCUUGGACAACACUCUUGCAAGCGAUCCAACUGCAGUGAUCUUUGGAGAAGAUGUCGCCUUCGGUGGAGUAUUCCGAUGCACGGUGGGCCUGAGAGACAAAUACGGCAAGGACAGAGUCUUUAACACUCCGCUAUGUGAGCAGGGGAUCGUGGGAUUUGGUAUCGGUGUGGCUACUGCUGGGGCUACCGCCAUCGCUGAGAUCCAGUUUGCUGACUACAUCUACCCUGCAUUUGACCAGAUCGUCAAUGAAGCAGCUAAGUACCGCUACCGCUCUGGAAACCUGUUUGACUGUGGAAACCUCACCAUCAGAGCUCCGUGGGGGUGUGUCGGUCACGGAUCACUUUACCACUCCCAAAGCCCCGAGGCCUUCUUCGCCCACUGCCCUGGCAUCAAGGUCGUCAUACCUCGUGGCCCAGUUCAAGCAAAAGGACUGCUCCUCUCCUGCAUCGCAGACAACAACCCCUGCAUAUUCUUCGAACCCAAGAUCCUGUACAGAGCAGCAGUGGAGCAGGUUCCCGUGGAGGCCUACACCACCCCUCUCUCGCAGGCCGAGGUCCUACUGGAAGGAAGUGAUGUCACUCUGGUUGCCUGGGGGACACAGGUCCAAGUGAUGAGGGAAGUAGCUGAAAUGGCUCAAGAGAAACUGGGGGUGUCCUGUGAGCUCAUUGAUCUACAGACCAUUGUGCCCUGGGACUCUGAAACAAUCUGUAAGUCGGUGGUGAAAACCGGACGUCUGCUCAUCAGUCAUGAGGCACCAUUGACCGGAGGCUUUGCUGCUGAAAUCAGCUCUGCAGUACAGGAGGAGUGCUUCCUUAACUUGGAGGCUCCCAUCAGUAGGGUCUGUGGUUACGACACCCCCUUCCCUCACAUCUUUGAGCCUUUCUACAUCCCAGACAAGUGGAAGUGCUUUGAUGCAAUUAAGAGGAUGAUCAACUACUGAACCCUGUCAGCCAACUUCUGGUCGAAAACACUCUUCUUUUCUUCUUCACUCAUCCAAUCAGUGGAAAGCAGCCAGGAAAUGACACUUUGUUGACCAUCCAAUCGGGAAGCAGCAUCCAGAUGGGCUCCACGUCCUUCUGUGUCCUCCAGUUAAAGGACAGUUACCGUACCUCUGGAUCAGAGAACCUCAUUCUUUUGCAAGACAAAAAUGCCUUCACUCUGUUUGGUAAAACUCCUCUUUAGCAUCCUUUAAUUUUCUCAUGAAGAGUGGGAUUCUGUGGGAACUAGUAGGUUUCAUUGUUUGACCAUCUGUGUCUUUGUGCUGUUACUUUUGAUUGAAUGUGUUAUACUCUGCUCUAACCUUUUAUUAAGUUUGACAAACUUAAACUUGUUGUACUAAUAUAAUGGAUCUGUGGUUUUUAUGGAAAUAAAGUAAUCCGACUUUGGUGAAAACCCA